AACAGAGGCAAGGGUACUCCCCGCCGCAAGGUCAAGAAGGUCCACAAGAGCUCCGGUGCCGACGACAAGAAGCUCCAGGCCACCCUCAAGAAGAUGAACGUUCAGCCCAUCCAGGCCAUCGAGGAGGUCAACAUGUUUAAGGAAGACGGCAACGUUAUCCACUUCGGUGCUCCCAGAGUCCACGCCUCCGUCCCCUCCAACACCUUCGCCCUCUACGGUAACGGCGAGGAGAAGGAACUCACCGAGCUCGUCCCCGGUAUCCUGAACCAGCUUGGCCCCGACAGCCUCGCCUCGCUCCGCAAGCUCGCCGAGAGCUACCAGAACAUGCAGAAGAACCAGGCCGGUGGUGAGGGCAAGAAGGACGACGAGGAGGAUGAUAUCCCCGAUUUGGUUGAGGGUGAGAACUUCGAGAGCAAUGUUGAGUAA